UAUAAAAUGUGUCCUCAAGUGUCAACUCCCUGCAAGACGACGCACACACAGCUGCAUCUGCAUAUACAAAACUCCUCGCUUCUUUUCCGGCCAGACAUAAGACGAUCCUUAUCUCUUUUCGUUCCCGAAAUUGUAUAUAUCCUUCGUGGUCCUGCACAAAUAUUCACACUGACCCUUUCUCCGCACAGCACACACACACCGCUCCCACAUAAACAAUGGCUUCCCACUCGACCAGAGUCGCCAACGGCAGUGCCGGCGGCGCCUCAUCUCCUUCAUACCUCCUCAAUGGCAAGGUCGCUCUCGUGACCGGAUCAGGACGAGGCAUGGGCCGUGAGACCGCCUUGGAACUCGCCCGCCGUGGCGCCGACGUUGUCGUCAACUACGCCAACUCCUCGAAAGCCGCAGACGAACUCGUCGCCGAGAUCAAGGCGCUCGGCCGGGACUCGAUCGCAGUCAAGGCCAACGUUUCGGACGUAUCACAGAUCAUCGAGAUGUUCGCCGAGGCCAAGAAGCACUUUGGCAAGCUCGACAUCGUGGUGUCAAACAGCGGUGUUGUGACAUUCGGACAUCUCAAGGACGUGACCGAGGAGGAAUACGACCGUGUCUUUGCUAUCAACACCCGUGGCCAGUUCUUCGUGGCUCGCGAGGCGUACAAGAACCUCGAGGUCGGCGGACGUAUUGUCCUCAUGGGCUCCAUCACCGGCCAGGCCAAGGGCGUGCCCAAGCACACCGUCUACUCUGGAUCUAAGGGCGCCAUCGAGACGUUUGUGCGCUGCAUGGCCAUCGACUGCGGUGACAAGAAGAUCACUGUCAACGCUGUCGCCCCCGGUGGUAUCAAGACGGAUAUGUACCACGCUGUGUGCAAGGAGUAUAUCCCCAACGGCGAGAACUUGACCAAUGAGCAGGUCGAUGAGUAUGCGGCUACUUGGUCGCCUAUGAACCGUGUCGGUCAGCCUAUUGACGUUGCCCGUGUCACUGCUUUCCUGGCUAGCCAGGACGGUGAGUGGGUCAAUGGCAAGGUCAUUGGUAUUGACGGUGCUGCUUGCAUGUAAAUUCACUCUCACCUUUACCUCCCUAGCAUGCGAACCGAAUCUCAAACUUCCAAAGACAUCUUAGAAAGCGGUGAUGCAAGAACCGGAAAGAGCGGGAAAGUUGGAAUAUGGGAAACCAUACUAGCCAUCUAUGCAUACUCUUUGGAUUCAUGGCUGGGGUGCUUUGAGAGAUCUUCUACCAAAAAAGCGCAUAUGGAGUUUGCAUACCUAUCUUUGGAGCGAUUGCAAAGGGGAUUUUUCUUUUGGCUUCAGGUUGCAAGUAGACUUUUUACAGCGCUCAGAGUGAAUAUUAUCCUUGUUAGCCAGUGUGU